CGAAAAUGGACACUUCUAAGAAUGUGGUUGAGAAUUACAUGUAGAUUGGUUUAAAUCGUCAAGUAGUAAAAUCUUAUUUAAUCAAAGUUCUUGUACUGAAAAUAAUUCGGAACACAAACUUGGACGGUGCCCGGAUAAUGGAAGAAAAAUGCUUAUCAUCACAUUAUUGUUGUCGUUUUUAUUUGACAUCGCCAGUAUUCGGCCUGAUGAAGGUUACAACAUACAAUUUAUGGAACAUAAUGUUUAACUGGAAUCUUAGAAAAUAUCGAAUUGCAAGAAUGAUAAGGGAAGAACAGUCUGAUGUCAUUGGUUUUCAAGAGGUGAGAUUUGAUGCUGAAACAGGAAGGAACCAGGUGUCUGAUCUUCAGAAACUGCUUCCUGAAUACCAGUGGUCAUUUAUAAGUAAAGCAAAUGAUGUGUCAAGGAAGGAUAACUUGAUUCAUAGAGGAUGGAAGGGAGAAGGUAUUGGAAUUUUGAACAGAUAUCCUAUUGUGUCUGCAAAUAGAAAGGUUGUUCCAUAUCAGCAGGGACCAGACACAAAUAAAAGAGUUAUUAUUCAUGCUAAAGUCAGAACAGAUCACUCGGGAAUUCUAGAUGUGUUUGUUGUUCAUUUUUCUUAUGUGAGACAGCAACAGUGUGAAAAUGCAGAUGCCCUUUUACAUUUACUCAGAGAAUGA